UUAGAACUGGGGAAGAGUGACAGGGGGCAAUUAGCACUGGGAGUAGAGGGACAGGGGGCAAUUGGCACUGGGAGUAGAGAGACAGGGGGCAAUUAGCACUGGGAGUAGAGAGACAGGGGGCAAUUAGCACUGGGAGUAGAGAGACAGGGGGCAAUUAGCACUGGGAGUAGAGGGACAGGGGGCAAUUAGCACUGGGGGUAUAGGGACAAAAGGAAAUUAACACAGGGGGUAAAAGGGACUACUAGCAGGCAGAUAGUAAGUAAUUAUUCUUGAUUGCCUGGGCCCUCACAGGCUGAUAUAAUCUAGGACCUGGGCUGAUUUAGACAUCCUCCAUCAUGGCUCAGUCCCCUACUAAACCAUCAGACUCAGCCUUAGUGCAGGGCAGCCCCUCCUGCCUCCCAGCUGCACUCAGUGGCCUCAUUGACAACCCUCAGUUCAGUGACGUCACAUUCGUGGUAGGAAAGCGACGUCAGGUCAUUCACGCUCAUCGCUGCAUCUUGGCCAGUCGUUGUAAGGUUUUCCAUGGCAUGUUCCUCAAUCAGUUAAAGGAGAAGAAGUCCUCUGAGGAGUUGCAGGUUCCGUUUGUGUUGGCAGACAUGAAUCCCGAUGUCUUCCUGGCCGUGUUGGAGUUCCUCUAUACCAACAGUGUAACUCUCAACAGUGUCAUUACCCUGGAGGUGCUAACUUCGGCCGUGGAGUAUGGAUUGGAUGACCUGCGAAAGCUCUGUGUGGAGUUUAUCACGAAGACCCUGACAGUAGAGCUGGCGUGUGAAGCCUUGCAGGCUGCUGUGACUUACGGACAGACCGAUUUACGCCAGAAGUGCCUGGCUUACAUUGAGCGCUUUACAAUGGAAAUCAUUAAGACUCAGAGUUUCCGAGAGCUCUCAGACCUGGGACUUCUCAGCAUAUUGCAGAGUAACCGUCUGACUAUUGAUGAGGUGCCACUGAUCCAUGCUGUGCGGGAGUGGGCCCACGUGAGCUCAGUUGUUCUCGACUUGCCCGUCCCUCGAAUUGCUGUGGAUGUGGUGAAGGAGCUUCGCCUCUUCCUUCUCUCCCUUGAAGAGCUAACAAAGUUGGAAAACGAGAACCUCCAGGAUGAGCUUAUACCGGAGAGUCAGAUUGCCCAAGCCUGGAAAUUUCAUGCCCUGAAGAAAGUCAGUGACUUGCCAGCCCAUCAAUGUCACCGACGGAAAGGGACGCUAGUGAGAGAACACCAUCGUUACCUAGAACCCUAUUCCAAGUGAGGAUAGAGAUCUACACCCGAGGGAGCAACCUGUGACUACGUACACAGCGUUUUGCAAGUAUCCGGAGCGACGAGAACAAACCGCUGUUAGGAAGCAACUCUGAGGACUCUGCUUAAAAGUGGACAUUUAAAUUCUAAUAAUUUUUUUAAAACAUAUUGUUUAAAAAGGACAAGCUUUUGUUUAUUUUUACGUAUAUAGAUUUUCUCUUAAGUGAUUGUAGAUAUGUUGAAAUACACAUG